UCUCUCUCUCUCUCUCUCUCUCUCACUAAAACUUAUUUUUCUGCUGACAUUUUCCUGCCAGCAUUGCAUUUCGUUUUCACAUGGGCAGGCAUUCUUGUUGUUACAAGCAGAAGUUAAGGAAAGGCCUGUGGUCUCCUGAAGAAGAUGAAAAACUUAUAAAGCACAUAACUAAAUAUGGACAUGGAUGUUGGAGUUCUGUCCCAAAACUAGCUGGGCUUCAACGGUGUGGAAAGAGCUGCAGAUUAAGGUGGAUUAAUUAUUUAAGGCCUGAUUUGAAACGAGGGACUUUUUCACUGGAGGAAGAGAAUUUGAUUAUUGAAUUGCAUGCAGUUCUUGGAAACAGGUGGUCACAAAUUGCUGCACAAUUGCCUGGAAGAACUGAUAAUGAAAUCAAGAAUCUUUGGAACUCCUCCAUAAAGAAGAAACUUAGGCAAAGAGGCAUUGACCCUAAUACUCAUAAGCCAAUUUCUGAGGUUGAAAAUGAAGAAAAGGCAUCUCCAAGCAGCAAAAACAAUGAGAAAGCAUCUGAAGGAAUCAGUGAACUGACUCUCGUAGAUUCGGGAAAUUCGAGAAAAAUAAAUUCAUCCCUGGAUCAUUAUCCACUUAUACAAAACAAUUCCAGUAAUUUGGCACCAACUCAUGAAUUUUUCAUGAAUAAGUUUGUUGCCAGCCAUGAAAGCUCCACCACUGAUAAUAAGCCUUCAGAUUUAUCUGAGUAUGUCUCCUUCCAGCAAUUGAAUUAUAGUCCUAAUAAUAUAGGGCUUUCAAUGAAUCCCAACACCUCGAAUUUGCUCUUUAAUCCGAAUUCCAAGUCAUCAGGGAUAGAAUCUGAGUUCAAUUCUUGUGUAACAAAUACUGUUCUUCCUUCCCUUCCAAGCUCGUUUCUUUCAUUUUCUACUCGUUUGAAGUCUUCGACAAGUCUUCCCCCGGAUAGUCCUAUAGGCCUUUUAAGUACAAAAUUCCAGAAUUGGGAUGGCUGCAGCCUUGGUAACAAUGGAAGUACAAUCAAUGUAACUAGCAGCAACAGCAGCAUCUUUGCCCAUGUUCCUUCAUCAGAACAUGAAAUCCCUGAAGAUAUGAAGUGGUCAGAAUAUCUUCACACUCCACUCAUACUAGGAAAUAAUCUUCAGAAUCAAAGUGCUCAAGAUUUAUUCGGCGAGACAAAAUCAAGAACACAAGUUUCAACAGAAGGUUCAUUGACUUCUACUUCCAAUUGGCAUCAAAACCAGCAGCUGCAAAAUUUACAAGCUGCAGAUAUGUCAGCCAGCAUUUUCAGAGGCUUCCUUCCACCUGUGGACAAUUUUCUUAGUUUAUUACAUUAAUCAUCAAGUCUUCUUCUACCUGUAAAUAGGGAGUACUGAUACCAAUAUUUUUCCACAGAUAAACACGUUUCCUAUUUCAAUUCUUGUUCAUGUUUUGUGUAAGGUUUAUCAGUUAUUCUAGAAUAUAUAAGUCUUGUUAAAUUGUUCUCUA